GAACCCGACGGACAGCAGCUCAUUCUCCCUUCCUCUCUUGCCUUCGGGAGGGGUGGAAAAGAUAAAAAACGAAGAAAAAACCGCAACCCUAACCGCCAAGAGAGCUUCUGCGGUGCCGAGAGGAAGUACGCAUCAAUCGAGGUGGGGGAGCCAUGUCCGCCCGAUUGCUGAGGAGGGUGCUCAAAGAGCAGGAGGAGGAGAAGAGCUUGGGGCCGUCCGGCCUAAAUCCGGAGCUUGACGCCGGCGGUGGCGGCGACGAAGAUUCCGAUUCUCCGGUCGCCGCCGCCCCUUCCAAGAACCCCUUUGAUCUCCUCGACGACCAGGAUGAUGAACAGGAAGUUGCUGGUGGAGACCAACCAGAAGAUGCCAGUGAACAAAAAUACCCUGUGGUUACAAACUCUUCAAAUGCAGAUCCAGCUUCUAACUGUAAAUCCAAGAAAAAGAAGAAAAAAAACAAAGAGAAGUCAGCAUCUCGAAAACCUAAUGCAGAAAAAUCACUUGAUUUGAUUUUAGAGGAUUUGUCAAUCUGCAGAAAGGCUUCUCAUCAGAUCGGACCUGAGAAUAUCAAAGCAGUGAGCGAUGAGGCUCAGACUAAUACUAAGAAGCAUGUCACAUCUUCUGUUCUACUCGUGGAUCCAAGAUAUCUGAAAGCUGAAAAUGAACUUAGAAAAAUAUUUGGUUCUAAGGUUGUCAACUCAUUUGAAAAUCAUCACUCUAGUGGCAGCUCAAGACAGAUGCGCGGUGGCCGGCGUGCAGCCCACAAUCCGAGGAAGACAAUUCUUAUUUCUCCAUCAAGCUAUUGGCCUCGUUGGGAUGGAUCUAUGUCUAUGGAACUUCUAGAAAUGAAGGACCACCAGAAUUAUUUUAGGUAUGUGCAUUCCCCAUCUUAUGGUCAUGCCCAAGAAGCAUUUGAAGCUGCCAAAGCAGCCAAUGACCUCAAUGCUAUUGCAAGUAUCGUAGAGCACCAUCCUUAUCAUAUUGAAUCUUUAUUGACAUUUGCCGAGAUUUUCAAAUAUUCUGGAGAGCAUCAGUCAUCUGCUGAUGCGAUUGGGAAGUGUUUAUUUGCAUUGGAGUGUGCAUGGCAUCCAUUGUUUAACCCUCUACAAGGUAAUUGUCAGUUAAAAUACCAUCAUGAUACAAAUAAACCACUAUUCUCAGCCCUUUUCAACCACAUGAAGAACAUGGACAAACGUGGCUGUCAUCGAUCGGCUCUAGAGGUCUGCAAGCUUAUGUUAUCACUAGAUUCUGAUGAUCCAAUGGGAGCAUUAUUUUGCAUUGAUUACUUCUCGCUGAGGGCACAGGAGUAUCUGUGGUUGGAACAAUUUGCUGAGGAGUAUAGAAGUGAUAACUCUUUGUGGCUGUUCCCUAAUUUCUCAUAUUCUCUUGCUGUUGCUCGAUUUUAUCUUGAGCAGGAUGGUGCAUCUAAAGAGGAUACUGCACAGACUGAAAAGGCCACGUCAAGUGAUCUUAUGAAGCAAGCUUUGAUGCUUCACCCAUUGGUGCUUCAGAAAUUAGUUGCCAAGGCACCUCUGAAGGAAUCAGUAUGGGCACAAAUACUCAAAAAUUCAUUUUUUGGCUCAGCAAAAGCAGGAAGCCCGUCCUUAGAGCAUCUGAUCAAUAUAUACGUAGAACGGAGUUAUCUUAUAUGGAGGUUUCCAGAACUGCAGAAUUUAUUGAAGGAGGCUGCUCUGCUAGUGGUCGAGUCACUUAAACAAAAUAGCAGUGAAGCUAGGGAUUGGUCAUGUGUUAGGAAAGAGGCAUUUUCAUCGGAGAAGAAUGAGUAUUCACAUCUGAUGGUUUCAGAUUUCUCUGAUACAGUACCAUCAAUUCCUCCUGAAGAACUACGGCACUUUAUGGUUGGUCCACAGAUGGUGCAUGAGAUGCAAGAUGGUGAUAGAGAAGGCCCUCCUGAGAGGGCUCGUGCCCCACGCGAGCUUGCCGGUCGCAAUGCUGCAAUUGUUUUCUUAGAGUCGCUACUUCCAUGGAUAGAUUAUGGAAAUGAUAGAACUGGACAGCCAGAUGGUCAAAAUGAAGAUGUUGAGGAUUGACACCACUAGUAGCACUCAGAUGUGAUCAGUGAAAACUUCUGUCACUAUUCUUUACUGCUUCACAAGAACCAUGCCGCAUUUUGGAAAGUUUGUUUCUUGUAAAUUCGAAUUUAAUCUUGAUAGGGAAAUUUAUUUGUGGCAAAAAUCCUAUCUGAUAAAGCCUGUAAAACGUAACCAAGGGUCCAUGAGCUUUGGAUUCGCCAUCAGUUGUCUGGCACAGAAUAUGCCGCAGUUGUAUACCUGGAUUGGCACAGAGAUCAUAUUCUGGACCUGUGAACUAUUGCAGUUCAAGUUCUUGUUUUGUGAUGUCUGAGUUGUGAUUAUACAAAUAAAGAGAAUAUUAAUCUACCAAA